GCUAGAUAGGGAUGUUCUUGAGAAAUUAAAGUAAAUCAAUUUUGGCUUUUGCAGGCAACUUGCUUAUAUAUGCAACAAAAUCCCUUCCUUGAGUCAUAUCUCUGAAGCAAGAAGAAGAUUAAAUGGGGAAGUUCUUACCAGGCAUGGCGGCAUUAUUGAUGCUCCUCCUCCUCGUCAGCUACAGUCACAGUGACACAACAUUAAUUUCCCCAAAGCCUGAAGCAGUGCAAGAAUGGAUGGAAAGCCAUAGCCAACCAAAUGCAAAGCAAAAAAUAACGAAGCUCCGUUUCUACUUCCACGACGUGGUGAGUGGGAAGAACCCUACUUCCGUUACAGUUGCGCAGUGGAAUUCGUCGGCCACGACCCCGACGCUGUUCGGUUUGGUGAAUGUGAUGGAUGAUCCUCUGACUGAGGGUCCCCGGCGGGACUCGAAGCUGGUGGGGUGGGCAAGAGGGAUGUACACUUCAGCCUCCAUCGAAAACCUGGGCCUGCUCAUGACCUUGAGCUUUGUUUUCAGGGAUGAGCAUGGCAGCACCAUUACCGUGGUUGGCCACAAUCAGAUCCUCAACAAAUACAGGGAGAUGCCCGUCGUCGGCGGCUCCGGCCUCUACCGCCUUGCCCGAGGCCUCGUCACCGCGCGGACUGUCUGGUUAAAUGUCACUACAAAAGACGCUGUCGUUGAGUACAAUGCCGUCCUGCUGCAUUACUGAUUGAUUAAUUAUUUAUUUAUCAAUCAAAUCCAAUGUUUAUUUUUACUAUUGAGGAAAUGUUAUUAUUGAAAUUUAUUAAA